AUGAGAGCUUACCAUCCGCUUAACGACGUCGAUGGCGACGGGGAUAAGCCUGUCGAGCUUACGGAAGCGGAGAAGGAAUUGUUGACGCUGCUCAAGUCUCGUGGUGUGCCUAGUAUCUGCGAAUCUAUUAGUCGAGAGAUUAAUUACGCGUGGGCUGUUCUCUCGGGUUUCAAGACGUUGGCCAAUGUGGGCAAUUUCUACUUUGCCUGUGGCAGUCAAACUUUCGGAUACAAUCCAGGUUUCGACUUCUUUGGGGCCAAUGGGAUGCAACUCGCGGUCUUUGCAUUACACAAGUUCGUACACAAUGAGCAUGUGCUAGUUCCAGUACUUGACUGUAUCGACAUUUACUCGAAGUUGCAUGUUGAUGGAGCACUUGAAUUCCUCGCAGCGGACGACGCCAAAGAGAUUUUGAUGAAAUGCGUCCGUUUCCAUGACAACAAACACGAUGUCAUUGCUUCAGCCUGUCGAGCACUCGGCAGUCUGGUGAUGAACGAUCUGGUGAAGGAAUCAGUGUCGUCGCCAGACCUUGUGCUGGAGCUACUUGGAUUGCUAAAACGAUACGACCACACUUUGCAGAUUUGUCGAGCUGUGCUAAUUCCCCUGGGAUUUCUUGUCACGAAUGCACUGAUCACAGCGACUUUCAUCGAUAACAACGGCAUUGCACUAACGAUGACGGCAAUGAAGCUCUAUGUUAAAGACACGGAGCUCGUGUGGCACGCAGUUGGAACUCUAAACGGUCUUCACGAGCAAACUCUUGAUAUUCGGCUUCUCUACAGCAUUUUUAACUUUACGGGCAUUCCUCGUCUUGUUGAAGCGGUGGCAUCUCAUCUCGAUACGGAGGAGGUCACUGUUGAAGGUUUCCAGCUUCUGUCUCGACUUGCUGCACUUCCAGACGCUUAUCGCACUAUCAAUGAGUGUAAAGUGUUGGAUCUCGCUUAUGUGGCACUAUUCGCUUACUCAGGAAAAGCUCAUCGCCAUACUCGCCUCGCUAUCAAAAGCAUUUUACACAGUUUCCAGAAGUGUGCUCUAUUCGACCCUCGCGAAUUAGCUCGACGCGAACGUGCGAGUCGCACUGACAUCGCGUUGUAUGCGUUGCUGUUGUUCUGCUUCAUACUCAACUCAUCUUUUGCUCUCUACGGUCAACAUUCAAGCGAUCUCGUCUUUGCUGUUCGGCGUGCCGUCGUGGAUACACCCUGGACUGACGGAUCUUCAUUAGAUUCAACUACGAAGACAUUUCACGACGUAAAUUCCAUUGCAGACGUCUGGAAUUACCUACAGGGACCUGCUCAGAGCGCUCUUUUCCAAGAUACGUGGUACAAUGGUGACAGCUUCGACGAUGACGUGGAUUCUCAGAUAGGAAUCGUGGAUCGAACCAAUAUGCUGCUCGGUGGAGUGGAGCUGCGACUUCUUCGUGUCGACCCAACGUCAUGUAACUUCGGUCUCCCAGACCAAGAAAACGACAAAAACUGGUGUUAUCCGCAUUAUUCCAAAAGUGUAGAACGCAAAUCUCUCGUCUCCCGUUUGCCCUACUUCGAGGACACUUGGAGUGCUUCUAGUAACGAAUAUCAAGCCUAUCAUGGCACCCUUGCAACGUACCCAGGAAGUGGCUAUCGGCGAUUUCUGCCACGACUUGGAGCAAAUGUUUCAAGUGACUGUGAUGCACGUUGCGAAUUUAACAAACUUCGUCAUGGUCGAUGGCUGGAUGAGUCGAGUCGCGCGUUGUUUGUAAAAUUCAAUCUAUACAACGCACCGCUGGAUUUACACUGCGUAGUUCAAAUUCUGUUCGAGUUUGGAGUAGCGACUGCAGGGUCUAAUGAAGGUGGUGGCGGUGAGGUUGUGGCUUCCGCUGAAGUUACACCGCUUCAUUUGAACCAGUAUCCUGGUUUGUUUGUGGUUUAUCCGCGGUUCCUUACGGAGUUGGGGAUUCUGCUGGGCGUCGUGUGGUUUGCACACAAGCAACUUGAUAAACUUUUGCAGUAUCGACUUUUCUACUUCGUGAUCCCGAGCCACAUCGCGGAUUUUUCGAUUGUAGUUUUGUGGAUAGCGAUCCUCGUAUUGCGGCUUCAAUCAGUGGCCCACGCUGCUUUCCCAAUGUUAAUGACGCUCGCUGAAGCAUCCCAUAACUCGUACGUUGACCUUGGAGCGAGUGUGCAAUACUUGCGAACAGAACGGCAUCUUACGGCAGUGUGUGCGGUGUUAAUGUGGUGGCGAAUUGUUCGUCUGGCAAAGAGUAUCAAGGCACUUGAGAGUACUAUUGAUAAGCUGGAACGCGCACAAGGAUUACUGCAGAGCUUCGCGGUGCUACUUGUGGUCUACGUAUUGGGAUUCGCACACGCGGGGGUACUUCUUUUUCCAUCAGCACGCUCAAGUUUUCGAAGCUACUCGGCUGGCAUAGCUACAAUGGCAAGAUCUCUAGCGACAAGGUGGCACUCAAUGGAAAUGUUUGGCCGUGUAGACCAUCAACUUUUCCGCUUACUGUUCCAGUUCUCCACGUCAUUUGUCGUUCUUAAUAUUGUGGUGGCAAUUCUACGUGAGCGCUUUGAUUCCUCUCGAGUGAGAGAGAGAGCAGCCGCAAUCAAUGGAGUAGCCAUGCUAGAGCUCGCUAAACACCAACUCGAAGCGCAUGGCAUGCGUGUGGAGGAAACCUCGCUUGCCAAGAAACUUCGAGCUGCGGCGGCAAAGGGCAUCAAAAAGUUGAAACAUGUAACUCGAGACAUCCUUACGGUGUCGGAUGAAGCUGAAAAGCUCUUGGACUUGAAGAAAGCGUGGGGACUUGAAGAUCAAUUACAGUCCGUUGACGAAGAUGUCGAAGUGGACGUCUCAAGAGACGAAGCCUCAAGCCUUCUGGAAUCCGCUGAAGAAUACGAGCAGAAGCUCGAUCGACAGAUUCAUUUCUUCUCCUCGAGGCUUAACGACACGCUGUCAAGACUCAGCAACUUCCAGUCAUAUCUAGGCGAAGAACUUGGACCCGACGAAAUAGUCGGAGACGUGGUACAGAUCAAGAAACCCAAGCAAGAAGAGCAGUUAGAGUUAGAAGAGAAAGACCUGUUGGCUAUAGAUGACAGCUCAGUCCUGUCAGCUGGACUUCCAGGAGCGAUCAUCCACCCUAACGAAGACGCAGAAGCAUAAAAGUUGUCCUAUGCAAAAGUAAAAUUCCGCUAUUCAAGCAUA